AUGGUCGACAAACGCAACAAGCCUCCUCCUAAAGGCCCUCCCCCAAAAAAUCCCGGAGUAGAGGAUGAAAAAGCUUCUAAAGACAACCGAACCAGUACCGACCCCCUUGACGACCCGAUGUUGGCUGCUGCAAUGGAGGCAGACCCAAAGAUGGCUGAAGCAAUGAUGGCUAGAGGAAUGAGUAAGAACGAUCUUACUGCAUUGAUCGAUGCUCUGAAUGAAAAGUACAAUAAUGAAAUACCACAUAAUGAGACAGGCAAUGACCUAGACGACGACAAAGAAGGAAUGGGUGCACUGGUGGACUCCUUGGGAUUGAAUGGAACCAACGAGAACACUGUCCUGGGAGGUACCAUUGUUCUUGAAAAGCCGGAGGAAGUUCCCGAGAGUGAAUUGGACACCGAAGCUGUGAUCAGACUCCUUCGACUUGAUAGGGACGCUUUGAAUGCUGGACGAGAGGCCUGCUUAUUGGCGCACAAUGAGAAGCGUCGUCGUCACGAGGACACUCCUGAUAUGGCUUCUAAAUUUGGCGAUCGAAUAAAUGAAGGCGCUCAACAUUGGGCGGAACAACUCGCAUCUGGUGCUCAAUUUGGUUAUCAACCAAAUAUACCCUUUGGAGAAAACAUCUACCGUGCAGCUUUACCGAAUCCGGUAAGAACAGCAAAUGCAGAAAUGUUUGUCACCUUUGCGCAAUGGGCUGUCGAGGCGUGGUAUAACCAGGUCGACAACUACGACUUCGCAAAACGAUCGAGACUCAUGGACGAAAGCCACAUGAACACAUCUGUCGGUUCUUUCACCCAGGUCAUUUGGAGAGAGUCCAGAAUUCUUGGUGUUGGAAUCGCCCUUUCGCCUGAUGGAAGAGCUUUUUACGUUGUUUGUCGAUACUAUCAAAAAGGCAACAUCGAAGAAAUGGCGUUCCGAAAUGUAGGAGCGCUGAAACCCCAAUAUCAAAACAGCAGCGGACGAUCAAGCACUGGACCCCCAAGCAGCGGACCACCAAGCGGAAAAGCGAUGAAAUCAAAAUGGUGA